AUGGCAAUGUUAGAGCAGCUCACGAGCCGCAUCGCGGUGCCUACUCGCUCUUGGAGGGCUGGCAAGCGAGUCUAUGUAGUCCCCCUGCCUCCCUCUGCCGUGGAUGAGGGGGAUGGCAUCAGCGACUUGAGUGAUGAGGACCUGGAGUUCGUGGCGAGCCAGGGCAAAAACCUGGGCUUCCUGACUUCCCUUAAGACCAAGCAGCUCGACAGGUCGGUGUCACAGACCCAGCAGAAGCCAGCCGCCCAGAAGAAGGCUGUGCCGCAGGCCCAGACUCGGCCUGCUCCAGCCGAUGCCUCAGAUUCUGAGGCAUCAGAAGGGCUGCCCGGCACCGACUCAGACUCCGAGGCUGAGGCCUACGAGCGGCGGCCCAGGACCGUCUCCCAGGCCCCAGUGGAGCAGAAGAGAGCCGCCGCCCUACCCACCAAGUCUCUGGAUGGGGCGCUGGUUCGUGGUGCCCGCGGUGCCCGAGGCGGCAGGGCCGGUCCCCCAGCCCCCGCAGACACCCCCGCCUCCCGCCUGGCGGCGGCCAAGGAGACCCUGGCCCUGGCGGCCCAGACCUUCCUGGGCUCCCCCGAACGCCACCUGGCCCAGCUGCACGAGAUCGUGGCGCUUUGCUCCGCCAAGGACCCGCUGGUGGCGCGACUGGCGCUGGUCACCGCCGCCGCGGUCCUGGCCGACGUCGUGCCCGGCUACCGCAUCCGCCCGCCCACCGAGCGCGAGCUGGAGGUGGUGGUGUCCCGCGAGGUGCAGGCCCUGCGCGACUACGAGCAGGGCCUGCUGCGGCAGUACCAGCGGCGCAUCGUGGUGGACGCCCUGCGCUCCCUGCUGAGCAGCCAGAGCGCCGACGGCGGCGUGGUCACCGAGGCGGUCCAGCUGCUGGCGGACCUGGUGAAGGCUCGCUCCUGCGUCUGCCCGCCCGAGGUCGUGGCGGUGCUGGCCUCCGUUCACACCGCCGACAUCACCAGCGCCAAGGACUUCCAGGAGGCCAAGGCUGCGCGGAAGAAGAUGAAGAAGAAAGAGCGGAAGAAGGACGACGUGGACCACGCCUUCGAGGAGGCACGAGCCUACGAGGACCAGGACUCGCGUCAGUACCACCAGUCGGCCAGUCUGGAGGCCCUGUUCGAGGUCUACUUCCGCGUGCUCAAGCACGCAACCGCCUCGGGCCUCGUCGCACGCCGGGAAGGCCUGCCCAUGUCGGCCGCGCGGUUUGCGAAGAAGUUCCCGCUCCUCUUCCCCGUUCUGGAGCAGCUGGCCGCACACGCUGGCCUCAUAGGGGUGGAGUACUUUGGAGACCUGAUGGCGGUGCUGGACCAGCUGCUCGCCAGCUCCGCGCUGCCAGCCGCGGAGCGCGUGCGCACGCUGCUCACCGCCUCUCGCAUCCUGUCCGGCCAGGGCGAGGCGCUGAACGUGGACCGCGGCGCUUUCUAUCAGCAUCUAUACCGCGCGCUGGACGCUCGGCGACGCGCCGCCGCCGGCCGACUGGCGCCGCUGCUGGCCAGCCUGCUGGAUGGGAUGUUGCUGGACCGCCGCGCGCUGGACGCCUCGCGCCAGGCGGCCUUCGCCAAGCGCCUCGCCAGCGCGGCGGGGGCGGUGCGCGACCCCGGCGCCGCACUGGGCAUGCUGUGCGUGCUGCACCGGCUGCUCCGACGCGUGCCUCGCCUGCGCGCCGCGCUGGAGAACGAGGCGGGGGGCCCCUCGGGGUACAGGACCUACCGCCCCGACGUGGAGGACCCCGCCGAGGCAGGGGCGCUGGCGGUGCCCCUCUGGGAGCUCAGCCUGCUUCAGCGCCACUACCACCCCGCCGUGGCGCAGCUGGCGCGGGACCUGGCGGGCGGCGUGGCGCAGAGCUCGGUCCUGCCGCCCACCGCCUCGCCCGCCGAGCUGGCGCAGCGCUACUCCACGGCCACGGGCGGCUUUCGCCCUGCGCCGCCCCUGCCCAGGAAAGCGCGGCAGCAGGAGGCGGGGCCGAGGAAGCGCGGUGGCGAGGACGAGGAUGCAGUGGCGGCCAGGCUUGCGGCCGCUGGUGAAAGGGCCGGCUCCCGCCCAGGCGACGAUACUGAAGCUGGACUAUGCGCAGCCGUGCAAGGGCCUGGGCCGGGGUUCGGGGCUUACUUCAGGUCGGUGCGCAGGUUCCGGAGGCACCAGGAGCUGAUGCGGGCGGAGCGGAGGCUGGGAGCGCAGCUGCAAGCCUUCAAGCAGCACCUCCAGGCAGGGUCGGGCAGGUGA